CCGAAAGCUUGGGAUGACUGCCAUCACAACACCUGGCCACAUUGCGGAGAAAAGAUUUUGUCGGAAUAAAUAACUUUUCAGCGAUAAACAAGACAAUUUCAGACCAUUAUCUUACAGACACUCACUACAACAUGGAACGCAAUAACGGACGCUACCCCUACAUUCGCCGCCAGGGCAGCAGCGGUGGCCACAAUACGAUGCACAGCUACCACCACCAUCACAACAAUAAUGCGAGCGGCUCCUCAUCAUCCGGAACGGGGGCGUCAAAUGCACCCGGGAGCUACAACAAUCACAGUGCCGGCAACAACAGCAACGCAAAUACCCUCUACGCAGCCCCCCCGCAGCAGAAUGUGCCCCUCUCGCAGCACGACGAGCUCAUCCGGUAUAUCCGGGAGGCAUGGAACAAGGUCUACGAGCAGGGUACGCCUGUGAUCUACUGCAAUGAAUCAGAUAACCAACUGAAAAACUUUAAGCCGUUCAACCUGGAGGAGUACUGGGGUCAGCGUCUGGUCCAGAACAUUCAUGUGUCCACCACACAGGCCGGUGGGCAUCAGUAGAGAACAGAAUUUAUACAGCGGACAACGGCAUGUGCUGCAUGUGGUAACAAUUAAUUAACUAAUUAUAUAUUUAAAAAAAAGGUGCCAGAUCCUCGAUUAUUGACUAGUAUCCAUGUUAUUGGAAUUUAAAUUAUAUAUUUGAUUGCGCCAUGCUUUGGACCAUUACCGUGUGUAACAUUUUAUUAAAAAAAGAAAUCCACUGCCAGCUGAAAGGCAACUGAUUGUAUUCAAUAUAGCGAUAAUUGGCUAACGAUUAUUCCCAUGGCACCCAGAAUCUAGCAUGCUAUCUGCAUUUAAGUGUUGUGCAUUAUGCCCGCUUACAUUUUGACCAGAACAACAAAAAUAAACGAUAUAGAGCGUAGAAAAAUUAAAA